CCGGGUAUAUAUUGAAGCCCAAGCAAACAGCAAGCAUCAGUCACUCUUCAGAUCCUCACCAACAUGAAAGUACUUGUUCUCUUCGCUCUGGGUCUGGUCGCCCUGGCGGCCGCUCGACCCUCCGACAUCAUCGACUUCGAGGAGGACCACAUGGAGCACGAGCAGGAGGGCAUCCCAGGAACGGCCGUGGAGGGCGAGUACUCGUGGGUAGCGCCCGACGGGAACGAGUACCACGUCAAGUACAUCGCCGACCGCUUCGGUUACCGCAUCGUCGACGACAACGUUGUGCCCAGAAUGCGCAGCGACGACGUGCCGGAAGCUGAGGAGGACGAUGAUUAGAUAGUAUUUUGUCAGAUGUUACAGGGAAUGUAUGGGGAAGUAAUAAAUCAAAUCGGCCUUUAUAA